AUAAAAACAAACAUGGCUGACGGAGACGAAGUGGAAGAUGUCGACAGUGAAAUGAAGACCAGUAGUUCCUUACAGCAUAUGUUGUCAGUGAUCGCAGAAGAGAGAAAGCGGGAAACAACAUCUUUUUCGAUUUCAGGAGAUUAUGAACUCAUCCCAGAUGGAACUGUGAAGUUCUGGACAAGUCUGUUUGAAAGAUAUUUCUUAACUAAUGAAACUUCUGACGGAACAAGAGAUGACAUGCUGUUUUAUGUUCGAAAAGAAAAGGCUGAACAUCGAUUAUUACCUAAGGCAGAAAUUGAAGUAUAUAGAAAAGACUCCAAAAAGCAACCCUCAUUUGAUGAUACAACCAUUAACUGGGAAGAGACAGUUUACCUCAAUAUCAUACUUCAUCAGUUUGUUUACACAAUGACAUGUGCUGUGUGCACAAGAACUGCAGAAAAACAUUUGCAAUGUCUCAAAAAGUAUUCACAGAGAGUGUAUGCCUCGCCCAGUAAAAGACGGAUGGACAGUAAAGGAACACAAGAGGAGAUCUGUUAUCCUAAUAUAUUCUUUACAGUUGAUAAUUUUGAAGAGGCAUUCACAGAUAUAGUUGUACAGGACAGCGAGCUCGUUACAGUGCAGCUAAUAGCUUCAGACAGGGACGGUGCAUAUCAGGGGGUUAUUUUCCUAGGAUCAAUACGCUAUGAUAACUUAAAGAAAGUUUAUGAUGCCAGAGCCAGUCUUACUUCCAAAAUGGCACAAAAGAUGUCUCUGGGAUGGAUCAACAAGACCCACAAGCGGGUGGAGUUUAUGAGAAUGCGGGGACCGGGAGGCAAGGGGUUCGCAGAGAUUGCAGUAUCAAGAGUGAAAGGUUCUGGUGCCGAAACCCCAGAUCUUGAGAAUUUUCCAUCAGAUGAUUUUGAGUCUGACCAGCAACAGCAAAAUGGUUACACUCAACGCAGAAUGAGCGACCCUAGUCAAGCAAUAAAGUCUUUCAUGUUUCGCUCGGUGAAAAAGUCGCGUUCAGAAACUGAAAAUGUGGAUGCCAUUGGCAAUGAACAGGAAGUUGAAGCAGGGACCUUGCAUGACGAACUUGAGGAUGCAGAGCAGUACAAUGGGUUCUGGGGAAAGUCCUUUGGGCAGGCGUGGCACUGGUUUAAGGAGCGACGCAGGGCUAACAGUGUCUCUCUCAACGCCUACCUCACCUACGUCACCCUGCCCUGGCAUAGGAUUAUUGCAGAUGUCUUAGAUCCCAAAGAACCACCAAUAAUGUGAUCACCACUUUCCAUAGGUAGUCUUUAUGCCAGUGUGUGUGUGUAUUAUGCGGCAGUUGAGGUCUCAUAAUUGCCAUGGUAACAUCUGAUGGCAUUAACCCUUUCAGUGAGGGAACCGAAUUUUGAAGGUCUUUGCAAACAGUUUGGAUCCAGAUGAGACGCCACAGAACGUGGCGUCUCAUCAGGAUCCAAACUGUUUGCUAUUCUGAUAAUAUUCUUUGAAAAAAAUCGAAGAAAAUGCUAAUUUUAGAAAUUCAGCAGACAACAUUUUAGCAGACGACAAAUUUCCCAGCAUGCAAAUGGUUAAUUAUAAGGACGAUAAAAGAGCAAUCAGCAGUUGUCUGUAAAGGACAUCAAAUUGAUACCAAUCUUUAGAAUGCUAGCUUAAUACAGUUAUUUUAAAUGCUGCAUAUAUUAUCAUGUAUUGUGUAAUGUAUACUAAAAGAGCCAUUUUAAAACCAAAAUAACCAUUAUUAUGAACUUUUUUCUAGCUAACUUUAUUUAUAUGUUUUCUAUGAGAUGUUAAGUAGAAAAUAUUGUGAUGUUCAAAAGACAACUUAACUUAGAAAGAAUUUACCAGUAAUCUAUAGGUUAACAAAAGAGAAAUGUGUUUCUAUUUUAUCUAUAUUAAUAAACUGUAUUUGUAUUUUAGCGAUAUUCAGUUAAUUUCAAGUAAAAAACUUGUUUUAUUCAAAAUGUUAACAAAAACAGCAUUUUAUACUUACUUGUAUUAAAACUAAUCUUUCAGCAAUAGGAUGUAAAAUUUUGAUCGAAUUUUCUUAUUUCAUUUAAUGUGCAUAAUUGUAACGUGCAGUGUAUAGUUAGCAAUCCAUUUAUAUUGUUUAAAAAAACCCUCUAUAUUGUCUGAUCAGUGCUUUUUUUGUCUGUUAAGCUAUCUUAAGUAAGAAUUGCUUUCAUCUGUGUGAAUGAACAACCUGUAAUAACUGAUCAACAAACCAAUCAGAUAUAAUAAGUUACAGAUAUAUUUAAAAUGUUGAUAAUUUACCUUAUAAUUUGUGAAAAUAAUUUACUUUACAUAACAUUAAAGUCAUGUUUAUAAUAGCAUUAAUGGGCAUUGUUCAGAGAAACACAGAUUGUUCAUUCCAACAAUUCAAAAUACACUUUGUUUAUAACGGGCCUAAAUGUAAUAUUUCAGAUAUCUCUGGUAACAGUAACAGUGUAUUUACUCCGAACAUAAUAUUUUCAUUUGCUUAAUGUUUGUUUGUUCUAAAUUCUUAUAAUUGCUUGGCUUGUGCUCUCUUAAAUGGGGGAACAUAUGAGUAGCGUUCUGAGAAAACUGGGCAUCAUGCAUGUUCACGAAGUGUUGUCCCUGAUAAGCCUGUGCAGUCUGCACAGGCUAAUCAGGGACCACACUUUCCUCAUAAAUUGGAUUUUUGCUAAGAAGAGACUUCAUUUAACAAAAAAUGUCAUAAAAGUGGAAAGUGUCGUCCCUGAUUAGCCUGUGCAGACUGCACAGGCUAAUCUGGGACGACAUUUUACGCACAUGCAUUUUGUCCAGUUUUCUCAGAACACGACACAUAGUUGCUGUUUUUUUAUUUCCAUUGAAAUUCCUAUUUUUUUAUAGGAUUUACAUUCCGUGGGUCUGAAACUAAUUUCACCGAUAAUAAUUUCUUUCGAACACUGUGUUAUUUGUCCUUCAAUUUAUCCUUACGCCAUGUAUUCUGUCAGUUACACGUGAGAAACUUGCGGCAUCUCAUCUGGUCUGCGCUGUUUGCGAUAUGCAGCUCUGCUAUAGGGUGGAAAUUGUCAUUGUUGUCAGGCCUGUAAGUCAAAGUAUUUUUCAUGGAGUUAUUGAGUCUUAGAGUGCAUAUGUGCAUUAUUAAUAGUUUUUUUUUUGUUGAUCUUAAGGACUUACAUGUAUUAUAGUCAUAUGCAGCAUAUACAGUGGACAUUCCUUUAUUUUUAAAGAGGAAAGUAUUUUUUUAAUUUAUACCUUUUGAUUUAUAAUAUGACAUUUUCUUCUUUUAAUUUAAUUUUGUGUUACAAUUAACACAUAAAUUAACAAAGCAAAUUAUUUGGGAGCUUCCAUUUGUUUUCUUGCUUAUGUUUACAUAUCUUUCUAUGUUGGUGUGUAUCAUAAUAAAAACAUAUACAUGUGACAUUAGUCAGAAGGCCCAACAUUUACAUUUCUUAAGUUUCUAAAUUCAUAAGAAUUUCAUGUUUGCCUUAUUUAUUUUAGGUGUACAAGCAUGAGUGUUUAUGUAUAAAAAUAAUUAAUAAUUGCAUGUUUUUAGCUCACCUGAGCAAAAUGUUCACAUGGUGAGCUUUUAUGAUUGCCUUUUGUCUGUUUGCGUAACAUUUGUCUUGUUUACAAUCUAGAGGCCACAUUAAUUGUCCAAUCUUCAUGAGCUUUGGUCAGAAGGUUUCUGCCAAUGAUAUCUUGGACAAGUUCGAAAAUGGUCCUGGUUGCUUGAAAAACAUGGCCGCCAGUGGGCUGGGCAUUUUUCCUUAUAUGGCUCUAAUAAAACCUUAUUAAUACUCUAAAAGUCACAUUUAUAGUCCAACUUUCCUUAAACUUGGUCAGAUUAUUUGAUCUACUUAUAUCUUGGAUGAGGAUAAAAAUGGUUCUGGUCUGUUAAAAAACAUGGUCCCCUGGGGGCAGGGAAUUUUUUCUUAUACGGCUAUAGUAAAACCUUGUUAACACUCUUGAGGCCAAAUUAAUUAAAAAUUAAAACUUAUUAACACUCUAAAUGUCACAUUUAUUGUCCAAUCUUCAUGAAACUUCGCCAGAACUUAAAAAAAAAAGAUAUCUUGGAAAAUGGUUCUGGUCUGUUUAAAAAACAUUGACCCCAGGGGGGAGGGAAUUUAUCCUUAUAUGGAUAUAGUAAAACCUUGUUAGCACACUAAAAGUUACAUUUAUAAUUUACUGGUCAUGAAACUUUGUCAGAACAUAUGUUCUUAUGAUAAAUUGGGCAGCACAAAACAGGUCAGUUCCUUUGUAUUUCAGGUGAGCAACUUUGGACCUUUCAGGCCCUCUUGUUUUAAUUUGUCUGCUGAAAUAAUUAGAGACAUUAAAUGUUUUUUUUCUAUGGUGCAUAUUUAACAUGUCUAGUGUAUGUACUUGUAGCCGUAUUAACCCUUACAGAGCUGGAACCGAAUUUUGAAGGCCUUUGCAAAUAGUUUGGAUCCAGAUGAGACGCCACAGAACGUGGCGUCUCAUCUGGAUCUAAACUGUUUGCUAUUCUGAUAGUAUUCUUUGAAAAAAAUCGAAGAAAAUGCUAAUUUUAGAAAUUCAGCAGACAACAUUUUAGCAGAUGACAAAUUACCCAGCAUGCAAAGGGUUAAGAUCAAUAACCAUUCCAGAAUCUAUUGCAUUCAAUGAAUCAUUCCACCUAUGUCAAACUGCUUUGUUGUUUGCCUUUGGUUUGUUGGUAGUGGUUUUGCAGUGAUUGCCAUGUUUUUCAAUGUUUUUUCCUAUACCCAAGUAUGUAUAACUAUGUAUAUUUAGGUUCUGUAGCGCUAUUUAUAUGAUUGCAAAGGUUUGCCAUUAGCAGAACUUUUUACAAAUUUGUGAAUUUAUUUAUAACAUGUAUAAAAAUAUGCACUGAAGUGCAAAUUGAUCAUGUUUGUUAAAAGCAUACACAAGUUGUAACUGAACUGUUAUUUUGACUUGUGAUUUGUUUUAUUUUAAGGAUAUUACAAUAAAACUCUUGACGGAUUUCAAAAAUACAAUCAUGUUCUGUACAAUUCUCUUUAACUCCAGUGAAAUAGGGAGAUUGCUGAUAUUACCGACGUAAGAAUCAAUGUAUCCGAAGUAUUGUAUUUGAAAUAUCCAUCAUAUGUCUAUGUAUUUUUAACAUGUGAUGUUAUGAUUUCAAAUUGUAGGGCUAUUAUUUGUUGAAAGAAAUUCUGUAAGAAGCAAUUUAUUUUCAUAUUCCCAUUCUGUUUGUUUUGAUGUACGUUGUCUUGCCAUUCAUCUGGUCGCAAGAUUUGAACUGUUUCUACAAUACAUGUACAUGUAUAGCAAAACAGAAUUUACAAUUUGAAUUAAUGUUAUAUUUUAGAUGUUGAUUUACAGUUGUUUAAUUUUUACUUUUGUUAAGAUGUGUUUUAUGAUCCGAAUAAAUAAUGUGCAAUAUUAUUAAAGAAUUAAACCAAGAUUA